UUUUUCCAAGACCAAAUGACCUGGGCUGAGGCAGAGAUCGACUGCCAGACCCAGGCCAACAAUGGCCACCUUGCUUCUAUUGCUAACCGUGCCGAGGGAGCUGUGUUGGCCAAACACAUUAUGACCUAUCAGCAAAAGUGCAUCCAUGUCUGGAUUGGACUGCAUGAUCCCCAGAGGAACCGACGCUGGAGAUGGUCUGAUAGAUCUAUAGUAAACUACAGAGCUUGGGCUCCUAAUGAACCGAACAAUGAUCAUAACGGUGAUGAAUACUGCACAGAGCUUAAGUGUGACGCAGGAUAUGUUACAUGGAAUGAUAAGAAUUGCAAAAUCGAACGCCCGUACGUCUGCAAGUUUGUUCUUUAG